UUGCUACGGAGCACUCCGUACAUACUUUGCCACACCUAGACAUCGUCGAGCGCCAACAUGCAUGUUGGCCAGGCGGUCCCCCUCGACGGCAUGCAUCCUCCAGUUUUGCAUGCAUCACGAUCGUACGUGUCCAUCGACGUGUCACUCCACCGACUGACACGUCUAUAAAUAAAACCAAGGGCUCUAGGCACCUACGCAUGUAUGCACGGCUGCACGCGGCACGGGCACAGCAACCAAGUGCCCCUCCACCGACUGACCCAACACACCCACGCACGGAGAAAGAUGGAUCGUGCCAGGAGCAGGGCUCCUCUGCUCGCCGCAGCAGCAAUCCUACUGCUGGCCAUGGCCUCAGCACCGCUCGCUGCAACGUCUGAGCCCGAGGAGAAUGUCGACAACGCGAGUCUGCAGCAGCCGCCGGUGGCCCCGGGCCUGUCGUUCGACUUCUACCGCCGGAGCUGCCCGCGGGCAGAAACCAUCGUCCGGGACUUCGUCAAGGACGCCGUGCGCCGGGACAUCGGCCUGGCCGCGGGGCUCCUCCGCCUCCACUUCCACGACUGCUUCGUCCAGGGCUGCGACGCCUCGGUGCUCCUCGACGGCUCCGCCACGGGUCCCGGCGAGCAGCAGGCGCCGCCCAACCUCACGCUCCGCCCUUCCGCCUUCAAGGCCAUCAACGACAUCCGCGACCGGCUCGAGCGCGAGUGCCGUGGCCCCGUCGUCUCCUGCUCCGACAUCCUGGCCCUCGCGGCCCGCGACUCCGUGGUCUUCUCCGGCGGGCCAAGCUACCCGGUGCCCCUGGGCCGCCGCGACAGCGCCCAUUUCGCCACGCCGCAGGACGUGCUCUCGGGCCUCCCGGCGCCGAGCUCGACGGUCCCGGGCCUCCUUAACGUGGUCCGGAGGAUCGGGCUCGACGAAGCCGACCUCGUGGCGCUCUCCGGGGGCCACACCAUCGGGCUCGCCCACUGCAGCUCCUUCGAGGACCGGCUCUUCCCGCGGCCGGACCCGACCAUCAGCCCGUCGUUCCUUGGGCAGCUGAAGAACACGUGCCCGGCUAAAGGCGUCGACCGACGGAGGGAGCUGGACUUCAGGACGCCCAACAGGUUCGACAACAAGUACUACGUUAACCUGGUGAACAGGGAAGGGCUGUUCGUGUCGGACCAGGACCUCUUCACCAACGGCGCCACCAGGAAUAUCGUGGGCAGGUUUGCGCAGAGCCAGAAGGACUUCUUUCGUCAGUUCGGGGUGUCCAUGGUCAAGAUGGGGCAGAUCAACGUGCUCACGGGCUCUCAGGGCCAGAUCCGCCGCAACUGCUCCGCCCGUAACCCCGGCACCGUCCCGUGGUCGGACGUCCUCGUUGAGGCUGCUGCGGAGAGCCUCGGGCUCUUCUAGCUACACGUGCUCUGCUUCUUGGUGCUGGCAAGCAGGCGGAAGGACUGCUCUGGUUGUUAGUUGUGUCGAAAUAAAGUGAGCAACGCGAGAGAAAUCGUGGCAUGAUCGGUGAUGUUGGCCGUGUCAAAAGAAGACUCCUGCUUAUAUCUACCGAGAAUCUUUGAGUUCGUUGCCAUGCAUUCAUGCUCCUCAUUUUGGCAUGUUUAUUCGCACAA